AUUCAUAUUGAAGUUCACUCUCAUUCCAUUCACUCCAUUACCAUCUAUUUCAUUUUCUUUCUAUUUAGUAUGUGUGUGUAUCUCACGCACAAUCUCACGUUCUUAGUUUUCUGUAGGCAGCACAAAGGCAUGCAGGAUAAUUAUUUGCAGUGAAUUUGAUUCAUUCAAACUAUUCAGAGACUGUGGACAAGAAAAGGAAAGGCAACUGGACUUAAUUGUGUCGCCUCAAAAAAAUAUCGUGCAUACAAAUUAAUUUUAAACUGACUGAAAAUUUAACAUUGGAAAUGGACGCCCUAGCUGAUAUCUUGAUGCCGUUCAAGGAGACGAUUGGUUCCAUAGCGGCCAUCGUCACUAUUGGACAGAUGUUUUCUGGCUGUUUCCUGUGCUGGGACAUCUAUAAGCAAGGAAGUACGAGAGGUGUCGGUAUCAUGCCUUUUCUCGGUGGUUUAGUAAUGAGUGUUCUCAACUUAAAAUUCGGGUACAUUCUGCGGGACGACACCAUGAUACAAGUCAACUUCGUUGGGUUAGCAUUAAAUAUUGUGUACCUGCUAAUAUUCUUUAACUACACCACUCAAAAAGUGAAGGUCUGGGCACAAACGGGACUUGCUGGUGCAGUUUCGGCGGCGUUGAUUGCUUAUGCUAAUGCUGAAGAUCCGAAACUAGUGGAGAACCGAUUUGGAAUGAUUAUAACAGCAUUUAUGUUCUAUCUUAUUGCUUCACCACUAUUUGAUUUGAAAGAAAUUAUAAAGAACAAAAGCACCGAAGGCAUGCCUUUCCCUAUAAUCCUUUCUGGUACUGUUGUCACUUUUAUGUGGCUACUUUACGGGAUCACAUUAAGGAAUACUUUCAUCGUCUUGCAAAACAUCGUUGCCUUUAUUCUUUGCGCAGUUCAGCUAUCCCUAUUCGUUAUUUAUCCAGCAAAGCCAAAGACAAGUGAGAAAACUAAGACCAAAGCCAAGAAAAUUGACUAGACUUAAAUUUUAAGCCCCUUUUUAAUAUUUUUGUCAGUUAAGUGCCUAUUUCUCUGUACAAAAAACAACACCUAAAAUAAUAAGUUGUACGUAUUGACAAUUUUAUUAAUUUUGAAUUUUAAAAGGUUUAGUAAAUGUGAUUUAAGUGUAAGAAAUAUUGUUGAAUUGUUCUAAUGCAUUUUCUAAAACAUAAAUGUAGAUUUAUGUAUCUAUAGUGUCGGCAGGUUGCGUUUAUAUGUUAGAAAAAUA